AUGACGGUUUCAACUAUAUCUCUCUACGCGAGUCCACCGAGUAGUAUCUUCGUUUCCGACAUCGACGGCUACGACGUCCGCGUCGACGUCAGCGAGGCCUAUGAUUGGUUGUUUGUCGUGUUAUUUUCGUCUUCGGUGGCGGUGAAGCAUGUUCCGUGUUUUUCUGGUGGAGAUGAGGAUGAAUUGAAGCAGCUUGGAAGUCCGUUUUCAUAUUCAGAUGGUAGCUUGGAUAUGGUUCGAUCGACGAGGAGUAGUAGUGCUGGUGGGUUCUUUGAAGAGUUUGUGAGGAGUACUUUGGGUUCUUCUUGUUUGGAAUAUGAUUCUAUUGGUGUUAGGCUUUGCUGUGGUGGUGGUAGUGGUAGUGGUGGUGGAGAGUUUGAUGGAGGUUGUUCUUCUAAAGUUGUUGAUGAGGAUAAGAUCUUUUGUGAAGAGUUUGUUAUUAAGGCGCUUUGUGAAGCAGAGAAAGCACAUAGAGGACAUAUGCGAGCUAGUGGUGAUCCGUAUUUGCAGCAUUGUUUGGAAACUGCUGUGUUGCUGGCUUUGAUCAAUGCGGAUUUGACUGUAGUUGCUGCAGGGCUUUUGCAUGAUACACUUGAUGAUGCUUUUUUGACUUAUGAUUGUAUAUUUGGAAUGUUUGGAGCCAGAGUUGCUGAUUUAGUUAAAGGGGUUUCUAAACUGAGUCACUUAGUUAAGUGGGCUCAAGACAACAACACAUCUAACAAGUCUGUUGAAGCAGAUCGCCUGCAUACAAUGUUCCUUGCCAUGGGAGAUGCAAUAGUUGUCCUCAUUAAAUUGGCAGAUCAAUUACAUAAUAUGAUGACACUAGAUGCAUUGCCGUUUGCCAAGCAGUAG